AAGCGUCCUCAACAGGAAGCUCAGCAUUUUCUUAGCUGGACUGGUGAAAACUAUCAGCGUGACAAUGUCGGAAGCCGGAGAAAGAAACACUUUAUGUUUUUUUGUCAACGGGAAAAAGGUGACUGAAGAGCACGUGGAUCCUGAGACCACGCUGUUGUCCUUCCUGAGACAAAAGCUGAGGUUAACCGGAACCAAAUAUGGCUGCGGAGGAGGAGGGUGCGGUGCAUGCACCGUGAUGGUGUCACGCUAUCGGACUUCAAACAAAACCAUUGUUCAUUACUCGGCCAACGCCUGCCUGAUGCCACUCUGCCAGCUUCACGGUGCCGCCAUUACCACCGUUGAGGGUGUUGGGAGUACCAAGACCAGGAUCCACCCUGUCCAGGAGCGGAUAGCGAAGGCGCAUGGCUCCCAGUGCGGCUUCUGCACUCCAGGCAUGGUGAUGUCUAUGUACACCCUUCUGCGGAACAAUCCUCAGCCCAGCCUAGAUGACAUCACCGAGGCGAUGGCUGGGAAUCUGUGCCGCUGCACCGGAUAUCGGCCCAUUGUUGACGGCUGCAGGACCUUCUGUCAAGAAGUCAACUGCUGCCAAGUCAACGGUGAGAAAAACUGCUGCAGCGAGGAAGAAAAAUAUGAUGAAACUCCAUUGCUGUUUGACAAGUUGGACUUUCUGCCACUGGACGCGACACAAGACCUGAUCUUUCCCCCGGAACUGAUUCUGAUGGCGGAAACCGACAGGCCACAAACACUCACAUUUCGUGGGGAGAGGAUGACCUGGAAGUCCCCUGUUCUGCUAGAGGAGCUGGUCCAGCUCAAGACCAGCAACCCAAAGGCUCCGCUGAUCAUGGGGAAUACUAAUUUAGGUCCGGAUAUGAAAUUCAAAGGCGUUCUGCAUCCAUUGGUGAUAUCUUCCAUCCGAGUAUUGGAGCUCUUUGAGGUGACUGAGACGCCACAUGGUGUUUGUUUGGGAGCGGGCUACACCCUCUCUGAGACCCGGGCUAUUUUAAAUAAGUUUUGCAGCCAGUUUCCAGAGGAGAAGACAGAGCUGUUCAGAGCGCUCAUCAAGCAGCUAGGGAAUUUGGGAAGCCAGCAGAUCCGCAAUGUUGCUACUCUUGGAGGAAACAUUAUGAGUGCAUAUCCAAACUCUGACCUAAACCCAGUUUUUGCUGCCGGUAACUGCAGCGUGAGCGUCAUCAACAGUGAAGGAAAACGGGAGGUUCCACUCAAUCAGGACUUCUUUGUGAGCCUUGGGAAGACCAUCUUGAAGCCAGAGGAGAUUGUUGUCUCUGUGCUAAUCCCUUUCUCCAGAAAGGGAGAGUUUGUUCGAGCGUUCCGUCAGGCUCCAAGAAAGGAGAGCGCAUUUGCUACAGUGACCACUGGGAUGCGAGUGAUGUUCUCUAAAGGGUCCAGAAUAGUAGAAGAUAUCAGUAUUUACUAUGGAGGUGUAGGCGCGACCACAGCCAGCGCCGCCAAAACUUGUGCUGCUAUCAUUGCACGACCGUGGAAUGAUGAAACCCUCAGCCAGGCUUACGACAUCCUCAUCAAAGAAUUUGACAUCCCACCUUCGAUUCCAGGAGGAAAAGCAGAGUUCCGUCGCUCUUUGACUCUCAGUUUCCUUUUCAAAUUCAAUCUAGAGAUCCUUCAGACCCUCAGAAAGAUGAACGUGAUUGAAGAGGAAGCCAUGGAGAAGAUUGAGCCUCUGCCCAGAGAGAUCCAGCGGAGCCAACAGGAGUUCAAUAAUGUCUCUGAGGGCCAGAGCGAACAUGACCCGGUGGGCCGACCCGUCAUGCAUCGAUCCGCCAUCAGCCAGGCCACCGGAGAGGCAGUUUACUGCGAUGAUCUCCCAACAAUUGAUGGCGAACAUUUCCUGGCUCUGGUCACCAGCUCAAAAGCACAUGCCAAGAUCAUAAGCGUGGAUGUGAGCAAAGCCCUACUACUUCCUGGUGUCAUUGACGUCAUCACGGCCAAAGAUAUUCCUGGGAAGAAAACCCGCAUCCUUUGUGGUUAUGAUGAAGACGUGCUUGCUAGGUCACAGGUGUCAUGCAUCGGUCACAUAGUGUGUGCUGUCUUGGCGGACUCCAGAGCUCAUGCCAAAAGAGGUGCGUCAGCAGUGAAUAUCAGCUAUGAAGACUUGCCAAACCCGAUUUUUACGAUCGAGGACGCCAUUAAGCAGUCAUCCUUCUUUGAGCCACGGCGAGAGAUUGAGAGAGGACAUGUGACAGAGGCCUUCAAGGGUGUAGAUCUGGUUCACGAAGGUGAGAUUCGCAUAGGCGGCCAGGAACAUUUCUACAUGGAGACCCAGAGCAUGUUGGUGGUACCAGUGGGAGAGGAAAGGGAGUUAAACGUUUAUGCGUCUUCUCAGUGGCCAACAGCACUUCAGAUAGCCGUUGCUGAAACGUUGGCCAUCCCGUCCAACCGAGUCAUCUGUCACGUCAAAAGACUGGGCGGGGCAUUUGGAGGGAAGGUCAUAAAAACCAACAUACUUGCUUGUAUCACGUCUGUGGCUGCCUGGAAGAACAACUGUCCGGUCCGCUGUGUUCUGGAACGAGGUGAGGACAUGCUGAUCACUGGCGGACGUCAUCCUGUGCUGGGUAAAUACAAGGUUGGCUUCCAGAAAGACGGAAGGAUCCUGGCGGCAGAUAUCCAGAUCUACACCAAUGCUGGCAAUGCAGUUGAUGAAUCAGUCUUUGUAGCAGAGAAGAUACUGCUUCACCUGGACAACUCCUACAACAUUCCCAAUCUGCGUGGCCGAGCUGCCGCCUGCAGAACCAACCUGCCCUCCAACACAUCCUUCAGAGGCUUCGGGGUGCCUCAAGGUGCUUGUAUUGUGGAGAACAUCAUUCAUGAUGUGGGAAUGGCGCUACAGUUUCCUGUGGAUAAGAUUCAAGAGAUCAAUAUGUACAGAGGACCAUCACUCACCCACUACAAGAUGGAGUUCAGCCCAGAGAACUUACUGCGCUGCUGGGACAAAUGUAAAGUCGAGUCUGACUACAAUGCUCGCUGCGAUGCUGUAGAAAAGUUUAACCAGCAGAACCGCUGGAAGAAGAGAGGAAUCGCUAUUACCCCGAUUAAAUAUGGCAUCAGCUUUGCAGAAGGCUUCAUGAACCAAGGUGCCGCUCUGGUGAACAUCUAUGGGGAUGGCUCGGUUCUGGUGACUCAUGCUGGGACAGAGAUGGGUCAAGGAGUCCACACUAAAAUGCAACAGGUGGCCAGUCGUGAGCUUCACAUCCCCCCCUCGAAAGUCUACAUCAGUGAAACCAACACCAGCACUGUUCCUAACACCUUCCCCUCCGCCGCCUCCUAUGGCACAGACGCCAACGGCAUUGCCGUAAAGAAUGCUUGCCAGACACUCUAUCAGCGACUGGAGCCUGUCCGGCUGAAGAACCCCAAAGGAACAUGGGAGAAUUGGGUCUCUGAAGCCAUUAUGGAGAAGAUCAGUUUAUCUGCCACUGGAUACCACGGGGGUGCAGACUCUCACAUGGACUGGGACAAGAUGGAGGGCCGCCCCUACCCUUAUUUCACAUUCGGGGUCUGCUGUAGUGAGGUGGAGCUAGACUGCCUCACCGGUGACUACAUGACGGUGAGGACAGACAUUGUUGUGGACAUUGGCCAGAGUUUGAACCCGUCAGUGGACAUCGGCCAGAUUGAAGGUGCCUUCAUGCAGGGAUUGGGUCUUUACACGCUGGAGGAGUUGAAGUUUUCUCAAUCUGGGCUUCUGUACACCCGAGGUCCAUCACAGUAUAAAAUACCCGCUGUUUGCGACAUGCCCCUCAGCUUCAAUGUCUAUCUCCUCUCGGACUCCUACAACCCCCAUGCCAUCUACUCUUCCAAGGGUAUCGGGGAACCCGUCCUCUUCUUGGGCUGUUCAGUGUUCUUCGCCAUCAAACAUGCUAUCGCAGCAGCACGCAAAGAGGUCGGCCUCACGGGCUGUUUUUCUCUCAGCAGCCCUGCUACUGCAGAGAGAAUUUGCCUCGCCUGUGCAGCCCCCUUCACCCAAAAGGUUCAAGCGAGCGAAACUGGAUCCGUCCAAUAACCCUGGGCCCUAAACAUUUAAAACCCUCAGCUACCUGAAGUGACUGUAGACCAUUAUUUUACGCACAAAUUGUUAACUUUCUGGUGAUUUACAGUAACAAUGAUUCUGCUUGCUUUUUAGAAAUGUGGCCCCAUGACACUCUACUCUUAAUGCAGACAGUUAAUAUCACACGUCGUCAGAGGUGGGUAGUGACACGUUACAUUUAGUCCGUUACAUCUACUUGAGUAACUUUUGAGAUAAAUUGUACUUCUAAGAGUAGUUUUAAUGCAACAUAGUUUUACUUUUUUGCUUGAAUAUAUUUAUAGAGAAGAAACUAUACUUUUACUCCGCGCCAUUUAUCUACAUUCAGCUCGCUACUCGCUACUGAUUUUUAUCGAUCUGUUAAUGCACGCUUUGUCUGGUUUGUCAGACAGACCUUCAAAGUAAGAUCCAUCACAUGCCUGCGUUUCACCAAUCAAAUGCAGUCACUGGUGACGUUUGACUCCGUUUCACCAAUCAAACAGAGCCAGGCGGUCACAUGAUUAACUGCACUUUUUUACAAAACCUUUAUUUAUACAUUUCAACCUUUACAAACACUUGAAAAUAAUAAUCAAUGUAAAUACAAAAACAGUACAAAACAAUAUAAAAACCGUACAAAACAGCGCCAGGGGUUUGUAAAUUCAAAGUAACUAAAAUAGAAUGCAAAAAAUAUAUAUAUAAAAUAAACAAAGUGCAAAUCCAUAUGCUCACUCAAUCUCAGUAAAUAAUUUAAAUUUGGAACACAACAUCAUCGUUUUCACAGCUUUUUGGUUGUUAGAGGUAGAAUGUUUUAAUGUAGAGUUCUAAAUCUUUUUUAAAGGCACAAAAAAAACAGGUCAGGUAUUGAGAAACUUACAUUUAUGAAUAUAAAUCUUAGCCAAUAGUAUAAUGUGGUUGCAAAGGUAAAAUUCAUUUUUAAAAAAUGUUUUCAAUACAGUGUAAAACCAAAUAUAUAUUAUUUAUUUGCUUAAGAGAUAUUCCUGGCUGUGAAUUUCUUCAUUUCUAUUUUUAUGUUUUUGUGCAUUACUUGUUGCCGUCAUCAUUAAACAAACAGGUUACUCAUCAGUUACUCAGUACUUGAGUAGUUUUUUUCACAACAUACUUUUUAUUUUUACUCAAGCAAAUAUUUGGGUGACUACUCCUUACUUUUACUUGAGUAAUACAUCUCUAAAGUAACAGUACUCUUACUUGAGUACAAUUUCUGGCUACUCUACCCACCUCUGCACGUGGUCUGCAUUAUGAAUAUCACUUUUUAAAUGAACGCCGCCCUUAUUCAAGCCCCUAACUGCAGACCUUCAAUACAGUAAUACUGUCAAUGCUUUGUGAGACAUGUAAACAAAUCCCAAACCUCUAUGCAUGUUCGAAAUAAACUUCACCCAACCAA